AAAUUAUCUGUAAAAGAGUUUAGAAGGAACUGUCUAAUUGGAACAUGAAUAUUGAUGAUUCGCAGCUUUGUUCUUUUCAUGCAUAAUUUCGUUGCGAAGUAAACGGGGAAAUUAGUUGACAUCGAAUCGAACGCGCGGCUCUUUCGUACUCAAAACAUUCGUAUCGAAUACGCGUUGAUUGCCUCUGCAAGCCAAUUUGACGGAGUUUCGGUCGAUUCUUUGGAGAAACGCAGAACAGUUUAAACCUGAUAUCAAAUGAUUUGCUUUCACCCAAAUAAGCAUGGAUGGGACUAUACACUACAAUGAGCCAGCUGACUGAGAUGCAUGUACAAAUCACUGAUGGUCUGUCUGUUGGGGAUCAGGAGAGUGACUGUGAUGAUGACGACAGGCGGGAAUUGAUCAGUCAUUAUGCCAAUGACAAGUACCUCAGUAAAUGGGAAGUGGCUGAAGAGGAAGAAGAGAUUGAAGAGGAAACAGAAAAGUUGGAUGAGAAAGAGCCAAGUAUAGAAAACUCAGAGAAGAAAGAGGCAGCCGGAGACAAAACUGUCCAACGUUUAGUGACAGCCAGUGACUGUGAUGAUCUCUCUCUUGUGUCAUACAACAGUGUUAGGGACUGUAACCCAUCAGCUGCUCCAAAGACAGCCCCCAAAUCAGUACAUCAUCACCUAGGACUGCUGUCUGAGUCCACUGGUGACGGAUUGAAGCUUUGGCAAGGUUACGGAGGAAACAUUUAUUUUAAUGCCGUCCGUUGUCAAUCAAUGCGGAUCAACAGUGCCAAGUAUGGAAAACUGAAAAAAGACUUUACAAAAAGAUGGAAAUCUAAAUCUUGCACCCCAUUGAACAGAAAAGAUGGUUAUCAGACACAAUUAUUGAGUUCAGCCAAAUCAGAUAUGGACAUAGCGAUACCCUCCAGCAGCAAUUUAGGCAGUCUACGUAUGAGGUCUUGUAAGGAGAAGAAAUGCAAGACAGCCACGUGUAGACACAGCGAAAUUCCUAAACCUCUAACCGGGAAGAUAUGUAAGGGGUUCAGUGAAAAACUUUUAACUGAAACGUUUAAGCGGCUACAGGAAGAUGGUGGUUAUGGACUGAAAGGGGAAUCUUUAUCCGUAUCUGGGGGACAAGUUGGCGAUGCACUGAUCGAUCCUAUAGAUAAAGUGAGGCAAUUUAAUACUCAGUUGAAAGGUAGAGACAUUGCAGUGAGUUUGGAGAGAGGCUUCCCUACCUUACUCUCAGAUAGUUCAUUUUUCUCACACAGUGACCACAGAAGUUCAACUGUGGUCACUGCCAACGCAGACCCAUUUGUGAAGCUUCCUGUUCUUGGGAACACUGACGGGAAACACGGAAAUAGCAAAACCGAGAAUGGAAGCUCAAGUGAGAACAAUUCGAACGAGCCGAGGCCUGUGUUCAUUAUUCCAUUUGGUGCAUUUGAUGAUCCUGUAGACAGUGAACCUGAAUUAAAACGAAAAGCAGAUAGAAGAGAGAAGCCUUUAUCUAAGAGCCUUACAGAUCGAAAUAACAAUUCGCCAGGGUCUUUAAAAGAGGCGAAAAAUUCUCUGGAAAAACUGGACGAUUCUGUUAUAACAGAAUGCCUCGUAGAUAAAGUUGCAGACGGCAGUGCCUAUAGUCAAGAAAACGAUCAAAAUUCAGUCAAGUAUUCAGUAGCAUCCUCUGGUGUUGUCAAGGAUGAAAAGGCGUCAUGUAGCCCUCGAUCAGCCAAACAAACUGUACCCGACUUUCAUCUAAAGAGAGAAAUAAGCAACCUUUCUCUGAGUAAUUAUCUGAAGGCUGUACCCACACGAAGUUCACAGGAACAGGAUAGUCUGACAUCUCCCAGGUCAAAUCUGAUGCCAAAGAUUAGCUACACCAAACGAUCGCGAGCCUUGCCGACAUUUUACAUGGUGAACAAUUCCUUGCAUCAAGUAAAUCACACUGGAUUCAAUUCACCGCGGGCGAAUACCUCUCAGGUAUAUGGUGGAUAUUUUCCGACAACAGGCCGAAAUGAAUCGAAAGUGUUUUACGCAGAGAUCAGCACCAGUUCAGAGAAGAACUCCUCGCCAAGUGGUGAUGAUAAAAUGCAAGGAUUCUUGAGAAGAACGAGAAGCACAAGCCCCAAGAAAGUUCUUUCAAACUCUCGCAUUCCGUUUUUGAAGACCAAUUACCUAUCCAGAAAGUCACUCUCACGAAAAAGUGUGGAACGAUCGCCAAGAGCUCAAAACUCACUAAAAUCUGACCAGAGUUUAUUGCACGUACCUGUUACAGGACACCAAUUUUCGAGGUUGAGUGGAGUCAGUGAUAGAUAAUUAUUUUGCCCUCUGGUGCGGUGAAAAUGAGACGGGGUCAAACGUUUGCGCAUGUGUGAGCGUUGAAACGGCUUAGAGUCUCCAAAAAUGGUCUUCCUACAUCGUGCUCACAGGCUGUCAAAAACCAGGUCUCACUAGAAUUUGAAAUAGCUUAAGUUUUUUCUCCAAAAAUUUUAUUUCCCUAUAAAGAUUUCUUAACAGUGAAUGGUUUGGAGACUUCUGCGAAAUUUUAGCUUUCGUGAAUUUUGUGGGGCACCGGUUGGUUUUAUGGAGGUCUUCGUAUAGAAUUUGCGCGGGAAAUUGGUGCGCUCCUGGCAGUGAUUUUUUGCGCAUGCCCACCGUUUGACCGCUGCCUCGACAGUAGACCUAGACAGGCUGUAAUCAGGCAAUCAGUGGCAAUAUGCAGGUUUGGAAAGAGUUUUCAAGGCUGUGUUUACGCUUGCAAGUUUUCCUCGGCAAGUGCUGUUAUCGGACUCCUCAGGUUUUCAACAAAAACUGAGAUUUGCCAAGAGAAAAAGUUAGAAAUUUGUUAGUGACGUGAACGACAUGAAGAUGACGUGACAUGACUUGAAGAUAACGUGACGUGAUAAAGACGUGAAGUGAAGACGACACUGAAAAAUCUGCAGUAGUUUUAAGUGGAAUUCUACUCUAACAAAUGUUCCUGAACCAGUGUCUUAUCGAGACCGUUGAAUAGACCAUGUAUUAGCGUGACUGUUUAGAUCUUUUAUAUCCAGCACUUCCUUUAAGAUCAGAAUUUAAAGAGUAAAUAAUAUAAAUAAUAGCUUAAUAUGAUCGAUGAAACCCCAUAGGGGCUUAUGAAUUGAUAUAGUGUUAAUAUAUGUGUUCCCAUACUUUUGAUACGAGCAUGAACGGUGUACCAAGAAUUGUGAAAGAGUGGUACGAUGAUGAAUAUCGUGACUUACCUACCCAUUUAAUAUCUAGGGGUGCUUUAAUUAUACGAAAGAUGUGUUUGUUGUUAA